AAAUUGAUAAGGAAAUAAUAUAAAGUCAUUGAAAAUUUUUACCUUUUACUUAGUCAUUAUAAAAAUAUAGUCUUGAAAGCAUUUAUGAUGGACAAUAUAAUUUCAAUUUUCAUAGUUUUGUUAAAUUUAAUUUUAAGUUUUGGACAAAAAUUAAGUUGCACUUAUGCAAAUAAUGAAGAAUUUGAAUAUUCUUGCUACAUGACAAUCCAAAAUCCGGAUGGACUCAACAACUUUACAGACAUCAGUGGUGAGCAUUUAGCUGGAAGAUCAGAUUAUGAUGUACAAAAUAUAAUCAGAACAAUUUCCUCAAAAUCCAUUAACGUUCCAUCAAUAAUUUGUAAUAAAUUUCAAAACACAAAAACCUUUGCUUUUGGUAGCAUUGGAGUUGAAAGAGUUGAUGAGAAUACUUUUGAUGGCUGUAAGGAAUUAACUCGCUUAUGGCUUUAUGAUAACAAAAUUUCUUAUUUGCCAAAAAAUAUCUUCGAUCCACUGGUAAAUUUGGAAGAUUUGGCUAUAAGUAAUAAUAAAAUUUCAAGUAUUUCCAUCGAAUGGUUUACAAAUUUAGUAAAUUUAGAAGUUUUGUAUCUUCACAACAAUCAAAUUGAAGAUAUUCCAAAAAAAGUUUUCCGUUCCUUAAAACAAUUAUCCAAACUUUAUCUUACCUCAAAUAAUUUAAAAGUAAUUCAUUCUGAAUCAUUUGGAAUGUUGCCCAAUUUAAAAGAAAUUUAUAUUUAUAUCAAUCAAAUUAAUGCAAUUGAUGAAAGGAUGAUUGAUCUUACUGGUGUUGAGAUAAUUGACAUGAAUGAUAAUGUUUGUGCAAGUGGUAGAAUUAUUGAUGAUUCAGCUACGCGACAAUCAAUGAGAAAUGCACUACAAAGGUGUUUUGACAAUUACAAAGCUUUAUUUCCUGACCACAACAAAUCCAAUUGCAACAUCAUUUCAAACCAUAAAUGGAGAGUCAAAUCUACCAAAAGGAUGUUUUGAUAGCUAUUCAGAUGAAAAAGGCUGCAGUUUACAAGUUGAAAAUGAAAGACUCUCAAAAUAAGUUGAUCGAUAAACUUAAGAAUCAAUCUAAAACCUACAAAGCAUCUAUCGAGAAACUGGACAAUAAAAUUCUAGAGUUGAGUUCUCGUCCAUGUGCUUUAUAAGUUAUUAACCUAUUGUCAAUUUUUUAAUCAUUUUUAUCUAGUAAAACGUAGUAAAAAG